AUGCUCAAUCUUUGGAAAGAGGCUCUUGUUGGGGUCCUCCUCAUUGAGUCCUUUGGCUCAGCUAUUGCUCUGCCUCCUCGGCCUCUGAUGGCUAGGUCAGAUGAACUCUCCGCUAAGGUCCAUCACAUCAAGCAGCGGGACAAUUUGUCUCCUUAUGCAGGACUCUUUAUCCGAGAUGCUGAUGAAGAUGAUCCACCAAGACCACCGAACGGUCCGCCCCGGCCUGAUAAUAACCCGCCACCGCCGCGCCCUCCUCAAAGGGAUGAGGAUGACGACGAUGACGAUCAUGCCCCCGGUCAGACGGACAUGGACGACUAG